GUUAGGGUAGAAUAGGGUUUAUGUGUUGUCAACGAAUGCAUAGAAAACAUCAUUUAUUGCAUUCAAUUGAAUGUCUGUUCACUUCAAGGACUCAAACGUUUGAAACAAACUUAGAGUUGAAUCAAAACUAUUGUUUGCCUUUUGAGCCACUCUUUUGAUCGUUGAGUUGAUCCCAACAGUGAUCACCACUUAUUGUGUUGUGUUUUGUGUGAAAGAUGGCCGAAAGUGACGGCACUUCGGGUGACCAGAGCUGGAGAACCAAUUUAUUGCGACAAAAUGUCAGAAACAAAAUCGAAGAAGCGAUUCGUAUGUCUGGGAAUCCGACCUCAAAGACUGUGGCAGAGAUGGAGAACCAUAUCUUCCUGAAGGCCAGGACUAAGGAGGAAUAUCUGUCAUUCGUGGCCCGACUUAUACUUCACGUCAAGGAAAUGAAUUCAAAGAAACAGCAGCCGCAACAACAGCAACAACAACAACAACAACAACAGCCGCCACCGCAGUCAGGGAUGCAGCAAAUGGUUGGCCAGAAUUCGCAGAUAAUCGGCGGACAGCAAUCGGAUCCUAUGAGUGCACUGCAGAAUAUGGCCGGUCCUCAACCCAUCAACGAUAUGUCCAACGGAGGCGCUAUGCAUAUGUCAGUGCAGGGAAACGUUGGCAACGAUCAGAUUCUGGUCAACAACCCGUCCUCUGCUAUGAUGUCCUCCAAUAUGCCAAAUAUGUCUCACAUGACAAACAUUAACCCAAAUCCUAAUCAAAUGAAUCAAAAUCGGGUCCCGAAUCCAAUGCAAAUGACUGGCAAUAGAAUGAUGAAUCAGCCGAUGUUAGGCCAAACACAGAACCGACCCCAACAGGUGCUGUCGUCCAACAUUCAGGUUCAGCUCCAAAGACUUCGUCAGCCGAACCCUAAUAUGGGAAACGUUAACCAAAUGCCGGUUUCGGCGCCCAUACCAGAGAACAAAUACUUUGACGGACAGUCAAUGGGGCCACAGAUGGGGAAUAUGAACGUCGGCAACGGUCCGCCACAACCGGGACAACAAUUCAAAGGUCAGCCAAUGGGUGGCCAAACAUUCGCACCAAACAAUCCGAUGGGUCAGAACCCGAACCCACAGAUGAAUAAUAUGCAAUCCAUGAAUAUGAACCCACCGACACCUCAGAUGAUGCCCUCCCCAUCCGGUUACGCACCGAGUCCCUCACCAAUGAUGCCCUCACCCCAUAGUAACCUUAUACGACCGACCGGUUCAAUGAGUGCACCUUCACCUCAAAACAUAUCACUCAACACUCCCGCCAAUAUAAUGAUCGCAUCGCCCGGUUCUGUGGGUCCGGGCGGCCGACCCGUCAACGAGGAGCAGAUAUAUCUCGAAAAACUGAGAAAUUUGCAGAAAUAUGUGGAACCGUUACGUAAAAUGAUUGCUCGCAUCGAUCAGGACGACCGAUUCUCAACCGAUAAGAAGAAAGAAUUGGAUAAAAUGAAAAACUUGUUAAGCAUUUUAACGGAUCCUUCGCGAAGAUGUCCAAUGAGUACACUCGAGAAAUGUGAACAAUUUCUCGAGAAAAUGGACUUUAAAAUUAAGACUGAAACGAAUGUCGCGCUCACCGCUGGACCCGUUGCCGCACAUCCGGUGCCUAAACUACAAGAUGUUUGUCAGCCAUUAUUGGAUGCGAUUACAGCCCAUAUCAAGAAACCCUUAUUUAACCACACAUUGCAGCGAACAUUUGGACCGACAGUCGCGGCGCUCACUAACAACCCAUACAAACAGUCGAGUCCUCCAUCAAUGAAGAGGAAAUACGAAGACGAUUACGACGUCUCGGAAGUACUUCAGGGAGAGAUCGCCCGAUUAGACCCGCGAUUCAAAGUCCAAUUGGAUCCGUUGCAGCACUUCGGCUCCAAAACCAUUCAUCUCAUCUGCAAAUUGGAUGAUAAAGACCUUCCGUGUGUCCCUCCGAUCGCGAUCCGAGUGCCGGACGCGUACCCCGAAAAGCCCCCGCAAUGCAGUACUGAUGCACUCGAAUACAGCGCUUCCGGCUUUUUUCAAGACAUACAGAAGAAGUUUGACUUAAAUGUCGAUAAAUUGCCCCAAAGUUUCUCAGUAACCACUUUACUUAAUAGUUGGGAAUUAAGUGUACGACAGGCCGUCUCAUCAGCACUCGAUCCCAUCUGUCUCUGAAUGUUGUGUAAAUUAUGUAACGUUUACUUUGUUUAUAUGGUAUUUACAUUUACCGGUAUUAUGCUAUGACUAAAUUGUAAAAUGUAACCUUAUUUUGUAACAUUUAUUAAUAAACAAAAUCUUAAUUUAUUCUUAAAAAUUAAUUUAAAUAAAUAUAUACUGUAUUUUUGAGUUAAUUUAUUAAAUACUUAAAUUGUUUAAUAAA